GUCUUUACCAUUACAGAUUGCGUGAAGGGAGUUGAAUCGCAAGGUUAAGCGGCGGCCAUUAAACUGCCUUGAACUGUCCAACAGCCUUUGCGCACCGACGGCUUACGCCGCACGUUGCGGAAAUGCAAGCCACAUUACUUAGCAGUAGCUCAAGUGCUUUCAUGAGACCGACGGCGGCUGUGGGCCUUCGCGAGGUGCCCGCAGUGGCGUCCACAUCGCCGCGCUGCGCGACGGCCACCAGUUCCCUACUGGCGUCCCGCCGCUGUGGCCCGCAGCGGUCUACUGCGAGCGGCAAUGUCGCAAUUGGGUGGCGCACGGCGCGGGGUAGCACAAAAGUGCGGGCGGCAGCGGCGGUGCGGGACGGCGACGUCGACGCCGCAGGUGUGCACCCAACCGCGGGCGCUGACGCCGACUACGACCCCGCCUACGACGCCGACCCCGCGGCGCAGGCGGAGGCGGCAGAGCCAGGAGCGGGUGGCGGUGUUGGUGGUGUGGAGGCGGAGGCGGAGGCUGCGGCUGAGGCAGGCGGGCGCAGCUACCUGCAGCUCAGCGACAUGAGCGACGCCUCGCUGCAGGUGCGCAUGGUGCAGUGGUACCCGGGGCACAUCGCCCGCGCGGAGCGGCAGCUCAAGGAGCAACUGGGUAUGGUGGAUGUGGUGUUGGAGGUGCGGGACGCCCGCAUCGCCGUGUCCACAUCACACCCGCAGGUUCCCUCCUGGUGCGGCCCCAAGCCCCGGCUGCUGCUGCUGAACCGCGCGGACGAGGUGUCGGCGGCGGACCUGGCGGCCUGGCGGGAGCACUACGCGGCGGCGGGGCAGCGCGUGUUCUGGACCGACGGCCGCAACGGCGAGGGCGUGCAGCGGGUCAAGAAGGAGCUGCUCAAGGUGGCUGCGGAGCUGAACGCCAAGCGCGCCAAGCGGGGCCUGCAGCCGCGGCCGGUGCGCGCCUGCGUCAUCGGCUUCCCCAACAUCGGCAAGUCGGCGCUCAUCAACCGACUGGUCAACCGCCGCGCGGUGGCGUCGGCGCCCAAGCCCGGCGUGACGCGGGCGCUGCGCUGGGUGCGGGUGGACAAGGACCUGGACCUGCUGGACGCGCCCGGUGUGAUCCCCGCCUCCUUCCGCGACCAGCUGGCCGCCCAGCGCCUGGCCAUGUGCAACGACAUUGGCGAGGCCGCCUACCUGGCCUCAGCAGUGGCGGCGGCGCUGGUGCUGCGCGUCAAGCAGCUGGCGGCGGCGGAGGCGGAGGAGAGGACGGCGGCCGAGAGGGAGGCGGCGGAGAGGGAGGCGGUAGCGGCGGAGGCGGCGCAGGCGCAGGCGGAGGAGGCGGGAGGGGCGGAGGCAGGAGAGGCGGAGGCGGGAGAGGAGGGGCCAACGGCGGCCAACACGCGGCGGGAGGGGUCGGGUCGAGGAGGGGGUGGUGGCGGCGGGAGGCGGCGGCGGGGCGGGCCGGCUGCGACAUUGUCUGCGGCUGCUGCGGGUGUGGGCGUGAGCCGCAGCCGGCGGGCCAUGUCCUCGUCCUCGUCCGCCGCAGCGGUGGGCGCAGGCAUUGGCGGCGGCGGCGGCGUUGGCGGCCGGGCCGGUGCCAGCCGCCAGCAGCAGCAGCAUCACGUGAUGGCGGAUGUGUUGGCGCUCAUGGCUCAGCGCUACGGGGUGGACCCACUGUGUGGCGGCUCCGCGGAGGACUACCUGGUGGCCAUGGCGGACCGCAGCCACGGCGGCGAGGUGGAGCGGGCGGCUCAGCGGCUGCUGGCGGACUUCCGCAACGGCGUGCUGGGGCGGUUCGCGCUGGAGCGGCCCGCCGACCUGGCGGCCAGGAAGAGGCGGGAGGCGGGGCUGCAGGCGGCGCAGCAGCAGCGCGAGCAGCAGCGGCUGGCGGCGCGGCAGGAGCAGCAGCAGCAGCUGCAGGCGGCGGCGGGAUACGCGGCGGCGGGCUACUCGGUGGGCGAGGUGGGCGGCAGCGGCAUGUCGCUGGGCUCAGGCGACGAGCAGUCCUCGGGUCUGGACAUGAGCGGGCAAGGGCUGUGGGCGCCCGCCGCCGCCGCCUACGCCGCCACCUCCUCCCCGCCGCGUGAGGGCUGGGGGGAGGCGGGGCAGCGGAGUGGUGACGAGGCAGGGCAGGCGCAGCAGCUGCAGGUGCAGCAGCUGCAGGUGGAGCAGUGGUCUGCGCCGCUGAGGAACAGCGCAUGGGUGGAGGCGGCGGAGGCGCUGGAGAGGGAGCAGCAGGCGCAGCAGCAGGCGCAGCAGCAGCAGUAGCUGUAGCUGUAGCUGUAGCUGUAGCUGUACUGGUAGCGACGGCGGGCAGUGAUAAGGUGUUGACUGCUGGCGCUGUGAUUGUGGCCGAUGUAAAGGGCGUGGUCGCCAGCGGCUGUGCGGCUGUGAGGUCGACUGUGUCGAGUGUGCGCAGAAGCAGUGGCCAAUCAGCAGGGGCAGGCGGGGUGGUGGUGGUAGUGCGGUGUGGGCUGGGGUGCCUACGUGCUUUUAACGGCACCGGUGCUGGCACCUGAUCGUCGCUAUGAGUUAAGAACUGGGAGGUGCUAUCGUGUAAUCGUGCUUAGAUGGAUAGUGCCGGAGUCGUUGAGGGGGUGGGCAGAGACUGCUGACUGCGAGUCCCCCUGACUCCUGUGGCCGGCGGACGUCAUGUGUAGCUGAACUUCCCUCGUGCUCCCGAUUCGUCUGUUAAUUUCGUCAGCCCAA